AUGAAUAAUAUUAACCAAGCUACCUCUGGUUUGAAAACUUCAACAACAUCCACUACGAAAGGAAUUGCUAAAGCACUAGAUACUAUAAAUGGUCAUCAAGCUUCUGAAAAUAUAGAUGAAACUUCCUUUACAUUUAAUCUAGAAAAACCACCAGGUGAUCAGUAUAAUCAUGAAAGAUUAAAUAAUUAUAUAAAAUUUUAUCUGGAAGAUUAUAUUAAAAGAAAUGAAGAUUUAC